AAGAGAUUUACGAGCAGUGGUGGUGGGCAGUGAAGGGGGACAGUGUACAGUGGUUCAGUGGCAGCUACUUCGGUAUCUCCCGACAGCAGCAACAGCAGCAGACGACGGUGACGGUGCUAGUUUCCGAAAAGGAAAUACGGCAGUGGUACAAGGGAUUCAAGAAGGACUGUCCUAAUGGACAACUCACGGAACAGGGCUUCCUGAGAAUAUACAAGCAGUUCUUUCCACAUGGUGACCCAUCCAAGUUUGCCUCUCUCGUCUUUCGGGUCUUUGACGAGAACAAGGAUGGCUCCAUUGAGUUUGAGGAAUUCAUCAAGGCGCUCUCGGUGACAUCCAGGGGAAACUUGGAGGAAAAACUUGUCUGGGCAUUCAAGCUGUACGACGUUGACAAUGACGGGUACAUCACCCGCGAGGAGAUGUACAACAUCGUCGAUGCCAUCUACCAGAUGCUGGGCACACAGGCGAAGAUUGCAGAGGAGGAGGAGGAAAAUCCCAAGGAGCGCGUGGAUCGAAUAUUCGAGCAGCUUGACAAGAACCAGGACAACAAGCUGACGCUGGAAGAGUUCAAGGAGGGCUCCAAGCAGGACCCGAAGAUUGUGCAGGCCUUGUCACUCUACGCACCCUAG